GCGAUUAAUCCCUUCACGGCAUGCUCUCUCGUGUGUGCGUCUGGAAAGGGGCGGAUCAAGUGGAGCAGUGGAAAGGGCACCUGGAGGAAGAGGGACAGUGGGAGUUAGAGGAGAACCAGGGGGUGCAGGAGCCGUUGCUGCUGCUGCUGCUGUGACAAUUGCUUCCCGCGCACGAUUUCACCCAGUUGCGAGCCCGUCCCUGGGGGGAAGGGCCUUUCCUCUGCUGCUUGCAGGCAGCAUGCGGGGGGGACAGGCGGAACUGAGGAGGGGGUGUAGUAGGUACAGACGGAAUGGCACUGUUGCUUGGGCAGUGGGUCGAGGCAGAUCAGCUAAGAAGGAGGAAUUGUCGUGGGGGAGUGUGGAAGAGGUGAUUGUAGGGGACGUGGGUGGAUCAGAGGAAGCUAAACGGGACGUGAGUUCAGAAGAGACAGGUGAGGGUGUGAGUGUAAAGGACGUGAGUGCAGAGAAGACAGUGAACGGGGUGACUGUUGGGGACGUGAUUGUAGAACGGACAGUUGAAGAGGUGACUGUAGAGGUUGUGAGCGACGAGAGUAGCAGCAGUAGCUUAACAGAAGGCGCUCAAGCUUCAGACGUGACUGUUUUGGAGGAGGAGGCACAAGUUAUGGUGGCAGGGCGGGUAGCUUCAGAGAUUACUGUAGGGGAUAUGAGCGAAGGGAGUAGCAGCAGUAGCUUAACAGAAGGCAGUCGGGCUUCAGAUGUGACUGUUUUGGAGGAGGGGACAGUUAUGGUGACAGGGCGGGGAGCUUCAGAGGUUACUGUUUGGAAAGAGGAGGCAAAAGCACUGGUGGCUGUACAAAACGCAUCAGAGUUGACUGUUUGGAAGGAGGAGGCAAAAACAGCAAUCAUACAGCAGGGAGCAUUGGAGGAGGCUCAGGCAGCGGUGAUAGAGCAGAGAGGACUGGAAGAACACCAAACGGCGGUGAUAAAGCAGAGAGCAUCAGAGCUGAUUGUUUGGGAAGAGGAGGCAGCAGCACCGGUGAUCGAUCAGAGAACAUGGGAGAAACAUCUGGCAGCGGUGGAGGAAGCGGUGAUUGGUCUGCACGACACCGAAGAGGCCUUCGAGUCGAUUCACACAGUGAUAAGUUCAGUCAAGCCUUUUGAACCGACGCCAACACCUGAGGCUGAGACAGCUUUGGUGGGUCAGCAGCAGGGCAUUCAGGAUCUUUCUGAGGUGUCUCAAACAUGGAACGGGGGGCAGCAGCCCUGGCAACCGCAGCAGCAGCUGAAGAUGAAGUGGCAAGUGCACAGAGAGCAGCAAGAGCAGAAGGUGGGAGCGGAGGCAGCGGUGUUUGGUAUGAGUGAGCAGGGAGGGAAUAAGGGGGGAGCAGAGUCAGCAGUGUCUGAUGUGAGUGAGCAGCAAGAGCAGAAAGGGGGAGCGGAGGCAACUGCGUUUGAUAUGAGUGAGCUCGUUCAAGCUGUGGCGGUUGAAGCUGCUUCGGAUUUCUCAAAUGUCCAAGGCUUCAGGAGCAGCUUCCACCAGUACCUUGAGUCGCUGCACGAGAGGAUGACACGUCGACAGCUGAGUGCCUCUCUGGAAGUGCAGCAGGUGGUGGGAUGGGCCGGAGUGAACUACGACAUUCUGCCGCGUGACGUGCGCAGGCAGCGCCUGGAACCGAUCUCCCAGGCUCUCGGGUACUCGGACACGCAACAUCUGCUGGAGCACUACAGGGCCGUUGAUGACGCCAUGAGCGGAUUGGAGAGUUUCGGGCACAGCGGAGGGGAGGAGGAGAGCGUGAGCUUUGAGUCGACUCAAACCACGCAGCAUCUGGUGGCGCACCACCGGGCUGUUGAUGAGGCGAUGAGAGGAUUGGAGACUGAGGAGAUUUGGGAGCAUAGCAGAGAGGAGAGCAUGGGUUUUGAGUCGAGUCAAAACACGCAGCAUGUGUGGGAGGAGCGCCACAGGGCCUCUGUGGAGGCACUGGGAUGGGAGAGUGAGGAGAUGGUGGGGCAUAGCGGAGGCGAGAGCAUGGAGCGGGCGGUGUGGGGAGGAGGAGAUGUGCAGAGUGACAGAGUGGGAGCGGGCUGGAGUGGCUCUAGGGAAUCAGAGUUGGGGAAAGCAGGCGAAGCAGAUCCUUUAGUGCAGCAGCGGUUCGGUACUGCUCAGUCAAGUAAAAACACUGCUGCGGAGGAGCCGAACGGGAGUCAAGCUGGCGCCAGCUUGACUUUUGAGAGCAGCAGUGGCUCCUCUCAGUCCCGAAACUCGCAUUCAUCAGCGCAGAAGCCGUUUGAUUCCACUCAGUCUAAUGGGGAGCCACACUGGAGCCAAGCAGGAGCCAAACCGCACUCCCCGCAGCGCUCUCAGUCCACUCCCACCUCCCCUUCCUCUCCGUCUGCUCCUGCUGCCGAUCCUGCCCAUUCUGUCCGUUCUGUUUAUUCUGCUCCGUCUGCUGAUUCUCCUCCUGUGCAGUCGGAGUGGCAACGACGUGCCACUGCCAUGCGUGCUGCUGCUGCUCUAGCCCGUGCUGCCACACCCGCCACCACCACUCCCCCCACCACUGCCACCAACCCUACCACGCCUGCCACCUCUGCCACUCCUCAUCCGUCCUCUCACCCUCCAGUCCUUCCUUCCACACCUCCUCCCUCUGUUGCCCCUGCUUCUCUCCCUUCUUCUGCUCCUCCCGUCUCCGUCUCUAGUCAUCCCAGUCCUUCCCAUUCCCACGCACGAGCGCCGUCCGCUCCCUCCUGGCCUGCAGACACGCACAGCCCAUGGUCCCCCUGGAACCAUCAGGGCACUUUUGAGAACUCUCAAAGGUCCCCCUGGAAUCAUCGGGGCACUAGCACUCAGCAACAAACACCGCGAGUCUUCACUGCGAGGCACGAGGCAAUCCAAGCCAGCAGUGUGUUUGAGUCGAUUAAAACAGAGCAAGAAACAACGCCGCUUGCUUCCACCACAACUAUGAGGCAGGAUGCAAUUCGAGCCAGCAGUGUAGGGCAGGGAGCAGGCCAUGUUAUGGCACACCAGGUAGAGUGGUCCUCCCUGAGAGAGGGUCACAGGGUGGGUCACCAUUCCGAAGCUGAUUCCGCGACGCAUCCUGCCGUGGCUGCCCUGCUGACUCGGUGGCGCCAGACCCAUUUUGGCUCGGUCUGCUUCGAGGACCGGCCGGAGCUGAAGCUCCCGAGCCUGGUUCGAAUUGCUGUUGGGGCGGAGACCCGGGAAGGAGGUUUGGGGGUUGUGGCUGUGGUGCAGGGAGGAGAGGAGGGGAGGAUGGGAGAGGAAGGUGGUGGUGUGAGUGGUUUGAGGGGGUUUGGAGGGGCUGAUUUGGAGGACAGUGAUUGCGUAGAGGGAAGGGAGGAUGGGGAGGAGGUGGAGGAAGAGGAAGGAGAAGAGGAGGAAGGGGGGUAUGAAGAUUUAGAUGUGGUGGGCAGCGAGCAGGAGGAGGAAGAAACCCUUGACGCAUUUUUACAGGAGGAGGAGGGGUUGGGGUUUAGGAUGGUAAAAGAGGAAGAGGAGGAGAGCAGUGAUGUUGCAGUGGUAGCUGUGGACGCAUGGGAGGCAGACAGCCUGGCGACAGCCACAGGCAGGGCGAAGCGGGGACGGAGGAAGAAGACAAUGGAAGCCAGUGGGGGGGCUUGGGAUACCCCAGGCACGAGAUCCGCCUCACAUGUAGAGAAUGCAGAAGAAGAGCCGGUCAUGCCGCUAGGUAGUCGCACAGCAGAUGUCAUGGUGGAUCGGGAUGCAUCGGCAGGUGGGGAUGCAGCGGCGGAUGGGGAUGCAGCAGAGCGUGCGGCAGGAGAGAUGGCAUGGCUGGACACGACUCUAGGGAGUGCAGACGGAGCAGCUGAAGCACCAGCCUCGCACGGCUGGGGAGCAGCAAUAGAGGAGCGAGUGAGCUGGCUGGAGACCCCGCUGAGGAGCCUGGCUCGGCGGAGUGGAGGCGUGUUGACGCCGGGGCAGAGGGAGAAGCUGGAGAAGGCGGGCAUGUGGACGGUGCGGCACCUGCUGGAGCAUUACCCUCACACGUACAAGGAUCUCACUCGUAGCAGAGAGGAUGUGAUGCGGGACGGGCAGGUGGCUGCUGUGGGCGUGGUGGAGAGCGUCAUUGUAAACGCAGCCAGAGGUGGCUCGUGUGCGGUGGCCGAGCUUCGAAUCCGCUGCAACCCACCUGACAGCGCCGCCACCACACGCAACACCAAUCACCCCACCAGCACCACAGCCAGCACCACAAGCAGCGGACCCAUAUUCAGCAACCCCAAAUCGACCAGCAGCAGUGGCAGCAGUGGCAACAGCGGUGGUGGGUUUGUGGUGACAGCGAAGCAGUUCCGUCCUGGGAGCUGGGCCCGUAAAGCUCUCUACGCCGCCUACCCCAAGGGCUGCCUCGUCUCUGUCACUGGCCAGGUGAGGACUGUACACGGGGAUGGGACGAUCGAGCUGGACAUGAACAGUGACAUUGUGAAGGUGGAUGCAGGCGCUAGCAGAGGGGACGGUGGUGCUGUGCCGGUGUAUUCAGCCAGGAAGGACAUGGACCCGCUCUCCCUGCGCGUCAUCCUGGAAAGUCUAAUCAAGCUCAUCCCUCAGGACAUGGAAUACCAUUCCCCCUCCCUCCGCGCACGCUACAACCUCCUCCCACUCCCCCUCGCCCUCGCCACCAUCCACUGCCCGUCCGACCGCGCUCUCGUUCCCCUUGCCCGGCGCCGCAUCGUCUUCGACGAGUUCUUCUUCUACCAGCUCCGCAUCCUGCUGCAGAGCCGGCGAAUUAAACUCUGCCACCUGGCAUCCGCAGCCGCAGCCGCAGCAGUGGCCUCCGGAGGGGGAGGAGGGGCCAUAGAAUGGACCCGCAGAGAUCUGACGGCCGACCAGUGGUCCCUGCUCACGCAGGAAAUUCUUUCCAGCCUGCCCUAUACUCUCACCGCCGGGCAGAUGCAGGCUGCCCGGGAAAUAAUAUCGGAUAUGAAUUGGCCGGUGCCGAUGUCCAGGCUGCUGCAGGGGGAUGUGGGGUGUGGGAAAACGGUGGUGGCGCUACUGGCAUGUAUGGAGGCAGUGGCGCAUGGGUAUCAGGUGGCUGUGAUGGCUCCGACACAGUUUCUUGCUCAGCAGCACGUGGCACGGUUUGAACAGUGGCUCCAAGCGCUGCCGCCUGAUCGCCGCCCGAGGGUUUGCCUGCUGACUGCGAGUGUGAAGCGCACCAAGGCACUGCGCCUGGACAUCAAGGAGGGCAGAGUGGCCAUCAUCAUCGGCACGCAUGCGCUCAUUGCCAGAGCCACGGCCUUCCACCGCCUGGGGCUGGCCAUUGUGGACGAGCAGCACCGCUUCGGGGUGAAGCAGCGGGCGAGACUGCACGAGAAGGGCCUUGACGCACUUCGACAGCUGCAGGAUGCCGGCGACAGGAGCGACACAGAAGACGCUACUGAAUCUGGAACCGACACCUCCUCUUUCACCUCCCCCGCCACCCUCCCUCUUCUCUCUGAGCCGCACACCCUCACCAUGACGGCCACCCCCAUCCCGCGCUCCCUCGCCCUCGUGCUGCACGGCCAAACCGACAUCUCCCGGAUUGCUGAGCUGCCGCCCGGGCGCACGCCGGUGGAGACUCUUGUCUUUUAUGACCGGGACGGGAAGGGCGGCAGCAGCGGGGAGGAGAGCGAUUCAGAGGGUGAAGGGGGGGAGGAGAAAGAGAGGGCUGCGGCUUACAAGCUCUAUUUAAACCAGAUUCUUCGCGAGGAGGUGCAGUCGGGCGGGCGAGCAUUCAUCGUCUUCCCCAUCAUCGACGCCUCAGAGGAGCUCCCGGAAGUGCGGGCAGCCACGGAAGAAUUUCAGCUGCUGACCGAACCAGGCGGGCUGCUGGGCCGUGCAUUGAGCGGUGGAGGUAGUGCUGCUGCUGCCCGAGUGGAGCGUGCAGCUGCCCAAAAAGAUCGGCCUCGUCGUCGCAGUGAUUAUAGCCGAUAUGAGCUUUGUGCUAUUGAUAACUCCACUGAUGGUGCCUAUAACGGGUACGAUACAGACCAGUAUAACUGUGAGCUGGAUGCGAUGUAUGGUAGCCAGUCAGAUGAUGAAGACUACAGCUGUGAUGAGGAUGAGGAAGAAGAUGAGGAGGAGGAGGAGGAGGAGGAUGAGAAGGAUGGUGAUGGUUCUGGGUCAGAGGGGACGGAAGUGCUGCGCUGUGGGCUCGUGCAUGGGCGUAUGGAACCGGAGGAGAAGGAGGGCGUCAUGCGCAGCUUCCAAGAAGGAUCCAUACAGGUGCUCGUGUGCACGACAGUGAUCGAAGUGGGGAUAGACAUUCCCGAGGCGACGGUGAUGCUGGUGGAGCAUGCGGAGCGCUACGGGCUGGCCCAGCUGCACCAGCUGAGGGGGCGCGUGGGGAGAGGCCAGCGCCCCUCGCGCUGCCUGCUGGUGGGCAGCAGUAAGGGCGCGCGGCACAAGCUGAAGCUUCUAGAGACAUCACACGACGGCAUGGAGCUGGCUCAGAUGGACCUCAAGAUGAGAGGGCCGGGGGAGCUGCUGGGGAGCAAGCAGUCGGGGCGGCUUCCAGGGUUCAACCUGGCUCGGCUGGACCGUGAUGUGGACAUUCUGAAUGAAGCCAUGCACGCUGCUGAGGUGCGUGGGGGUUGGAAGGCAGGGGCUGGACUUUUGGUUGAUCAGGGGAUGCUCAGUAUGACAGGCGAGGGGCGGGUAUCCCCCUGUGGGAUGCUACAAAAGGAGCCGGAGGAAGUGGUGCCAGGAGACGGCUUUUAA